AUGGGGAAGAUGCAGCAUAUAGUCGCUUACAUAACUGGGGGUGCGAAUGGUAUCGGAAAGGCUAUCGCUGAGAAAAUUCUUUGCGAAGGUGGCAAGGUGGUGCUGGCCGAUAUAUCUUGCAAUGGAGCUAAAGUUGCCGAGAGUAUGGGCGAAAAAGCUUUAUAUACGUGUACCGACGUAAGAAUCGAGAAGGACGUUUUAGACAGCAUGAAAUGCGUGAAGGAUAAAUUCGGCGGUGUGAACGUGUUGAUUAAUUCUGCCGGUGUCGCCGGAUACGAGGCGUUGUACGAUUUCAAGAAUAAAAAGCCUCAUUCGAUCGAAAUGUACAGGUGUUUGUUCGACACAAACGUGUGGGGCUUGUUUAACGUAACCCGCUUAAUGGUUGGUCUGAUGGCGGAAAAUAAACCGGAUGCAAAUCAGCAGAGAGGUGUUAUUAUCAAUCUUUCGAGUAUGAUGGCGUAUGAGCCACCACCCACUAUGGUAGCCUAUGGCAGCACGAAAUCCGCGGUUUCUGGCAUGACGGUGCCUAUGGCCAGAGGACUCGCACAGAGUGGGAUACGUGUCGUCGGCAUAUGUCCUGGUUACAUAGAGAGUCCUAUGACAGCUGUGCAAAAACCGGAGGAAAAAAAGCAUUGGGUCACGAUGAAACUAACGCCGAAACGUUACGGAACAUGUGAAGAGGUCGCUCAUUUGAUUCAAGCAUGCAUCGAGAAUCCAUUGAUAAACGCCGAAAAUAUACGUAUAGAUAUGGGCUUCCGCUACAGUCAAGUUGGCGAUAGCCAACAAGACUCGAAAUGUUAA